AUGGACUUUGAUUUCGCCGCGUACCUGCGACGUCUGGACCCAACGUACAUCUACCGAGUUGGCCGGCUCAGCGGGGGCGUGGUGAAUGUGACUGUGCGCGCGAGCAAGGAUCGCCUACUUGCCGUCGACGUUGCGGAUGCGGAUGCGGAUACUGCCACAGCAGCAAUAGCAGCAGCAGCAUCUCAGACGUCACUACGCGCGUCAGAUUCAACAAAGACUAUUCUACGUGAUGAGAAUACCGAGACCGUGACCGAGCUGGACUAUAGGCGAGGCUGCUUCCCGGAGCAUAGGUCGCUCAUCUUGAAAUAUGCACCGCCGUAUAUCGCGGGUGUGGGCGAGAGUGCACCCAUGUCCCAGGGCAGGCAGGAAAUUGAAGCUGCCUCGCUAGCCCUGUUCCUAUCCGCCAGCAGUCCAGACGGAUCGAGCGCCCUAUCACCAACCCCUUCAAGAGGUGUUCUUCGCCAUGUCGCAGAGAAGUCAGGAGUUAUGAUCCCUCACCUGCUCCAUCAUGAUCCAGCUGAGCACGUCCUCAUACUCUCCGAUUUGGGAGCACUACCGGACCUCUCCAAAAUCUUCAUCGAGCUAGGUGGGUUCACGCCCGACGUGGCCGGCGCGGCGUCGUGGCAACCGCCUCCAUAUGCUCCGCGUCUGGGCCAUGCGCUCGAGCCUCGCGAGACCGUGACAUAUCGAACGAUAGGCGAGAAGCUGGGUACGUUCUUUGCACGCUUGCACUGCCUCAGCAGUGUCCAGUCCAUCGUUGGGACACGCCGCGACCAGGCGUACCAUGGUGAGGGCGCGGGCGAGGGCGAGAAACCUCGAGCUGAAUUUCCCUCGCUGCCAGAGAUGAAAAGUGCCAUCCACGACCACGUCAUCAAGCCAAUUCGAUCCCAGCUCGACAAGUUUCCUUUCCUCCUCGACGCAGCAGAGGCUGAAAAUCUCUUUGCGGCAGUCGAGGCAGACUUUCUGCGCCCGACUCCUCCGGAAGAACGGCGUCUCGUCCUAGGCGAUUGCUGGACCGGCGCAGUGUUGGUCGACAUGAGACACGAGACCUGUGAUGACGAGUCGAACGUGGGCGUGGGCGUCAUCGACUGGGAAUUUGCGAGCAUCGACGGACGCGGCGUCAACGGCGACGUGAGCCAGUUCCUCGCCCACCUGGAGUUGUUGCGGGUCGCCGCUCACACCCACCCCCCGGGCCGGGCCAGCGGCCACUUGUCGGCCGUGAACGCCAUUAUCGAGGGCUUCAUAUCCCGAUACAAGCUCGCCCAAAUCUCCGGGAGUUUUGUUGGUGAUGAUGAUGAAAAAAACGACGUCGACAACCGCGUCAUGCGGUCCGCAUACCUCUCGCACGGCGCCGAGAUGAUCAACUGCGCCUUUUGGAAGACCUGGGUUUGUCGGGAUCCUGCGUGCCCGUCCUGUACCAAGACUACCAACACCACACAGAACCCUUCAUCGCCAGAUCCCCGCGACAACGCAGAUCCGCCGCCUCCUCAAUGCACCGUUAUCACGAACCUGGUCCGCCGGGGCAUCUCGUUCCUGAGGUGCGCGGUGGCCCCAGACCCGAGGGGCGGGACGACCAUGUUGAGACAAACUGUGGCUGGUGGCGGCGACGAUGAUGAUGAGUUACUAGUCCCAGGACCAGAUGCGGAAAUGACGCAGACGAUGGGGCUUUAUGACCUGUUUAACGAGACGUGA